AUGGCGCCAUGGUCACGACUUACCAGCCCCAUCUACAAAAACACCGGCUCCGUUGCGCGCGACCAUCUCGCGUCCGAGCGCACCUAUCUAGCCUGGACAAGGACAGGACUCGGCUUCGUCGCGCUUGGCAUGGGCGUCGAGCGCUUCUCCCGCUUCGAGGCCAUUGCGCUUGGGAACGGCAGCAGCAGCAGUAAGCCGCCGACGCCGGACGAGAAACAACAGGAGGGAGGCGGACACGGCAAGGAGGAGGCGCUCGGCUCGCGGCUGCUCGUGGGGACGCUGCUGACGCUGGGCACUGGAUGCAUGGUGUACGCGACGAGGAGGUAUUUCUCGGUGCUCCGGUCGCUGGAAAAGGGCGAGUUUCGCCCCGCGUACCAGGGCAUUGCGGCAAUGGGCGCGGUGCUGGGUGCUCUGGGAGGUGGCGUGUCGACGAGAAUGACGGGUGCUUGGUUUGAGAGCGAGGAGUCGGCUGCGAAAAAGUGA